AUGAAGUGCCACCAAAAGCGCACCUGCAGAGCCUGCAACGUAAGCAAUAAGACAAUGCCAAGGCAAAUUCAAGCUACUGCCACGUGCCACUGCAAAAGGAAGCACAGGGGUUUACGACCUUGUUCUUCUACGUGUAUAACACCACCACCACGUGCAUUACAUAUAGAGGACCAGAAGGCUACGCCCUUCUACCUCCGCAGAGGCAUUCCACAAGUCAUGUAUUCCGACUGUGGAACAACAUUCGUCGGAGCCGACAAGGAAUUAAAAAAACUAUUCUCUCAACGCACUAAGGAACACUACCACAUGACGGCCACACUCAUGGUGGAUCAGACACAGUGGAAAUUCAAUCCACCUGCAGCUCCCCAUAUGGGAGGAAAGUGGGAAGCUGCAGUUAAAUCCAUCAAAUUCUAUAUCAAUCGAUCGACAAGAGACACACCAUUUACCAUUGAAGAAAUCUCAACGCUAUUAACCCAGAUAGAGGCCAUCCUGAAUUCACGUCCAUUACAAUCAUUAACUGACAACCCUGACGAUUGUUCAGCCCUUACACCAGGGCACUUUCUCAUUGGAGGACCCCUUAAUACUCUACCAGAUCCAUCAGCAAAUGACUCAAAUUUAUCAAUGCAUUCAAAGUGGCAAGGCAUACAACAACGAGUCCAACAGUUCAGGAGGCAAUGGACAAAACAUUACCUGCAACAGUACCUUUGGACAUCCAAGUGGCAUAAUCCAAACCAUGGUAUUAAGGUCGGAUCACUAGUCCUCAUCACAGACCAAAGAAUACCUCCAUGCGAAUGGCCUCUCGGCAGAGUGUUAGAAUUGCACCCUGCAAGGGAUGGAUUGACCAGAGUGGUGAUAUUAAAAACUGCUUUUGAGGCCACAUAUCCUAUAUAG